UAUGUUAAAAGUCUGACAAAGAGGGAUUGUAGUGCUGUAGACUGUCGGCUUAUACUGUGUCUAUGGUCCCUCGAACCUCAUUUCCCAUCGUGCAAUGUAAAAUUGCGUCAUCAGCCUGCGCGUUUUGUUUGGAGGGUUUGACGCCUUAUUAUUAAUCUACAAAAUGUUUAUGCCCAGAGCUCUGAAAGUCAAGAGAGCUGCCGAGGGCUCAGGACAAGUUCUAAAGAAGAAACCUAGGGCUUAUCAAGAGGAGAACCAUGAUGAAUGUAGCUCAGAAACAUCUGUAGAGAAGAACCAAUUGCAUGAAGAUGUCAGAACACAGAAUGAGACGACACCAGCAGCUGGAGGCUCGGCGGAUGUGACAGAGGACUCGGUGCUUGAAGAUGGAUGCAAGUCUGCCUCAGGGUCUUCAGACGAAGAGGAGGAACCUGUUAAAUCAUACAGAAAGAACCAGAGAUGGCCCGAGCCAGGGGAGCCUGUCUGUGUGAUGUGCGGACGUUAUGGAGAGUAUAUCUGUGAUGCCACUGACAAUGAUGUGUGCAGCCUUGAAUGCAAAGCUAAACAUUUGGCUCAAAUGGGUUUGGGGACCGGGGAGGAUGUGUUUAACCGUAAAGACAAAAAUGGAGCUGACAGGACUGAACAUCACCAGCCAGCUCCUGACACUGGUGGAGUAGGUGGGAGUGAGGCUGGUUAUAGCUAUAGGGAAGACCCAUUCAUAUCAAGCCUUACAGAUGAACAGGUCCAGCGGAUUAAACAAGAGCUGGGAAUCGAAACCCAGGGAAGAGAUAUCAGGAGACCCAUUGUGGAGUUUGAGCACUGUGGCUUUCCUGCCACACUGAGUCGGAACCUGAAGAAGGCUGGCUACGAGGCACCCACGCCGGUCCAGAUGCAGAUGGUGCCCGUUGGUCUCAGUGGCAGGGAUGUGAUUGCCAGUGCUGACACAGGCUCAGGGAAGACGGUUGCCUUCAUGCUGCCAGUGGUAGUGGGAGCACUUAAGACAGCGGUGCGGACUGUGUGCAGCCCCCUGGCGCUGAUCUUGACCCCCACCAGGGAGCUGGCCAUUCAGAUAGAGAGACAGGCCAAGGAACUGGUGAUGGGCCUCCCCAACAUGAGAACGGCCCUGCUGGUGGGCGGCAUGCCACUUCCUCAGCAGCUGCAUAGGCUCAAAAGCAGCAUCAAAAUUGUCAUAGCCACUCCUGGACGACUUCUGGAGAUUCUGAGGCAAAAAGCGGUGCAGCUGAACAAAGUGAAGGUUGUGGUGGUUGAUGAGGUCGACACCAUGCUGAAGAUGGGCUUCCAGCAGCAGGUGCUUGAAGUUCUGGAGCAUGUGCCCAAAGAACACCAGACUCUGCUGGCAUCGGCCACUAUCCCAACAGGGACGGAGGAGCUCGCUGCUCGGUUGGUGCAGGACCCCGUUCGCAUUGCUAUUGGCGAAAAGAACCAGCCCUGUGCCAAUGUCAGACAGAUCCUUCUUUGGGUAGAGGAACCCUCCAAGAAGAAGAAAUUAUUCGAGAUUCUCAAUGACAGUAAGCUGUACCAGCCUCCAGUGGUGGUGUUCGUAGACUGUAAGCUGGGGGCUGAUCUGCUGUGUGAAGCGGUUUCCAAGGUGACAGGCCUCAAUACAGUGGCAAUUCACUCUGACAAGAGCCAGUGGGAACGCAACCGCAUCCUCAGGGGUCUUCUGGAUGGGGACUUUGAAGUGGUGAUUAGUACAGGAGUGUUGGGCAGAGGACUGGACCUGGUCAAUGUCAGACUGGUGGUGAAUUUUGACAUGUCAAACACCAUGGAUGAAUACGUCCACCAGGUUGGCAGAGCAGGCCGGCUGGGACACAGGGGAACAGCCAUCACCUUCCUCAACAACAACAACAAACGGCUCUUCUUGGAAGUGGUAAACCGGGUCAAACCCACAGGAUCCAUCAUGCCCCCCCAACUUCUCAAUUCACCACACCUCCAUGAGCAGCAGAGGAGGGCGCGACAAAGGGCCAAGCUGGGGCCAGAGGACACGCUGGUCACCAAGAACAACCUCAUUGACAUCAUAAAGAAACACGACCGCAGCAAGAAGUAGCAGUGCAUUCUUGGAAGAAAUAGUUCAUCAACAGUCAACUUGCUUUUAUUUGCAGCUGUUUCCAGCCACAAUUUACUGUGUUCUUGAGCAGAUGAAAGUCGUCAUGUUCUGUUUUUGUUUAAACCUUUGCCUGCACG